AGCGGGACUAACCAGUAUCCUAGUUAUCGCCCCCACAGUACAGGACUACGGCGUGUUGUCUUGCUACGGAACCAACAUCCUAGGAACAAGUCUGAACCCCUGUACCUUUACUCUAGUCACGGCAGGUCCACCGGAAAAGGUCACUAACUGUUCCGUGUUCAACGUCACCUCUCACACGGCCGCUCUCUCUGUUCACCUGGGUUCAACGGCGGCUUAACUCAAAGUUUCAUCCACCAGGUCAGGUCGCGUCCUCAGGAGAUCUGGUAUUCAACAGGACUUCUACCAGCGCCUCUUCACCGUGCGUUCCCUCAGCCCUGACCAGCGGUACGUCGUCAGUAUCACCUCCUACAACGCCCGUGGAAGUCACGCCCAAGACGCCCAAAUUGAGACGAAAAGGAACAAGAGAUGCACAGAAGUUUACCCUCCCGGCCGGAGCCUCAGCCCCUGAUGUGGGUGAUGGGCGUGGUGCUGGGCAUGAUCCUGGCGGUAAUGGGCGUGAUGGGGGGCGUGUGGUGGACCAAGGGGAGGCGAAGUUCACACACACUCAGAAACAGAGAAGACGGCUUAACCAAACUCAACAAACCAGAUGUGACAGGUGUGGGAGGUGAGGGGAUGGAGGGACUGUGUGUCAACGGUGUGGUGCAACACACUAUCUACGACUCUACGGGCAGGUACCGAGGCUUCGCUCACCUACAGCAGGGCGACACCUACCAGACCAACUGCAUGAUCACCACCACUACCGCUGCGACCGCUUCUGCUGCUGGGGCCAAACCCGAGCCUCCUGCAGCGUACAGCAAGUUCUCCCUCUCUAGGAAAGGAAGAUCCUCCUCUUCUGCCUCCUCGGCCGCCACUCCUUCGUCAGGCGAUGCGUUGAGCAAAGGCGCCAAGGAUGUGAUGAACGGCAGAAGAGGGACGAAAGGAGGAGAAGGAGCCAAUGGAAGAGGAGGAGGUGAUGGAAGUGGAAGGGGAACAGCGAAAGGAGGAGGUGGUGGAGAUGCAGACGAAGGCAACGAAGGAGCGGGGAAGAAGUCAGAGGCCCCCUGGCGGAGGGUCAUCAGCCAACUGACCAGCCCACACGAGUCGAAAUUCUUUGAGGUGUGGAAGAUUGCCGCUACCAGACAAUCCCGCCAGACAGAGUCCACCGAAAGCGUCUUAUAAGAGUAACGGAGUAGAAGAGGAGGAGGAGGAAAAGGAAGAAAAUGAAGAAGAGAAGAAGUAAGAGGAGUGUGGGAAGGACAGAGAUAUAUGUUGACAAUUUUAGAGAGAGAGAG